GACAAUUUUGUGAAACAAUUAUCAAGGUUGUUUGAUAACUUUGCAAAGCUGUUCAACAACUGCGUGAAGUUGUUCAAUAAUUGUGCAAAGUUGUUCAACAACUGUGCGAAAUUAUUGAGACAACUAAUACAAUUAUCGGACAACUGUCCCAAUUAUUCAAACAUUUUAUUUUGUUAACUUGGAAUAUUGUGGGACCCACUUGUCUUUUUUUAAAUAAAAGACUAGCGUCUAUGGACUCAUUUUUCUCCUGCCCAAUUCUCAAUUUUCUGUUGGAUCCAAAAGGCUGAAGCGACCAAAAAAUGCCUGUGAGAGUGGUGGAGACUUCUUCCGCACUUUCUCACCCUUCUGGUGGAACUUCAGGAAAUACUUUGCCUUCAGCCUGUACACUUCUAAGUGUUGGACAGGCAUUUUCUGGGACUCAGAACGUCUCUAGUCAGCAAAAGGAUGAAGCUUGGCGAGUGAAUGUGCGAAUUCAAGGUUGUGACCUUGAUCAUGGAUAUUUGUGUGGUACAAUGGAAGCUCUUAAUGUUCCUAUGGCAGAUACACCAGUAGUUACUUUCUGGGAAGGAGAAAUUGUUGAUACCAAGAACUAUACUUUCUUCACUGGCAAAUGGGGCGCCACAUCAGACGAUGACAUAAAGCACUGGACCAAGUUUCCGUCAUUUUCACCCCUUCUGAGCCAAGUGGAGGUCGAUGGCGGUAAAUCACUGGACCUGAGUAACUACCCAUACAUAUUCAUGAGAUGGAAGGAACAAUACUUCGUGAAUGUUGGAACAGACUGUGGGUUGACGAUAGCUGGUUUUUACUAUGUUUGCUUCUCCUGUAGUGAUGGCUCCAUCAAUGGCUUCUAUUACGAUCCUAAUAGCAGUCCUUUUCAGAAGCUGGAACUGAAAUCUACAAAUGAGGGAAGAUUGGGUUUCAGUUUUUCCUCAUAUGAGUUGCAGUAAAUCAUCAUCAAUAUCGGUGUAUCAGUAUGGAUGGUCGGUAAAUAUUAGCUUUACUGGCUUUCAUAUGUCAUUUCUGAGCCAUCCAUCAGAUUGCUUAUUGUCAAGUGAAUGCAAAGUUUCCAGUUACACAUUAGAGCCUUGGCAAUAGAUAGAGAUUCCCACAGGAAACAGAGGUCCUGAUUUAGUUAUCACUUGUCGAGUUGAUGAAGAUAUAUUAAUGAGCUGAGUCCCAGUGCUAGAGUAGACAUUUUGUAUUUGAGAUCUGUUUUAGUGAACUAUGUUCUUAUUAUCAA